CCCAGAAUAAAGACUAUAAAUUUGGCUUCCAGUUUGUAGCAAAAUUGCCAGUAAAAAAAAGUAAGAUGUUGCCAGAAAAACCAAGAGGAAACCAACGCCUUGUGCCCCUCUCCGAUGAACUGAUGCAGGACAUACUGGACCACCCAGAUGAGUACCACUUACAACCCCUCGGACAACCUGAGCUGGAUUUUGUGGGUGAUAGCAGGGAAGCUAGUCGAGCAGCGGCAUCCAGUUGCACAAACCUCACUCCCUUGGAGUUAAGACGUCGAACUGGUGGAUUUGCCGAGGGUCCCAUUGCAGUGGCUCCUAGAAAUUCAGUGACAUUCCUCUAUAGACCCAAACCGAAGUCAACGAAUGUGCCAGAAGCCAGAAGUGAAAUAAGAAUUGUUGAAAAAGAAAAGAUUGAAGCUGAGGAAACUACGCCAGUGAGGGAUCCCAUAAUUGAAAGCCUUCUCCAAAGGGUUCGAUUAUCCUUUGUCGACUCUAAUCUUAUGAUCAAGCAGACGCCCAGCAGAAUCCUGGCCAGGCUGCAGGAUAGCUUGGACUCCUUGACGGAUGACAUUUGCUUUCUGCAGACUCUGAUACCCCUGCUAUUUGAACAGUCUGGCCAACUCAAGUUUCCCGGAGUAGAAACACCUCAAUCGACUGUAUCGCUGUACUUUAAACGAGUCUCCGCAAUAAGAUUAACCAGCUCAUCCGAUGAGGUGUGCAGCUUAGUACAGGAUCUACACAGUGGGACUUCGGAAAUGGAGCGCAAUAUUGAAAGGCUAUCGAAGAUUUGUUUGGGAAUGCGGAUGAACAGUAUGAACGAGCAGAAGAUUCCGGGACGAGUUACUCGUAAAUCGCCUGUGAAGCUCCGCUUUAAACCGAGCCGUGAAUUUGAGUGUUUGCAUCCAUCUUAUGAAGUGGCCAAUUCAGAGCAGGAUCCACAAAGUGACAGUUCCGAAGAGGAACGCAACAUCGAGAAAGAGCUGUACCAAAGAAUGCAGAUGAACCUGGUCAACAUGGUGGCCGUUCCCAAGUCCCAAACUUCGGUGGCUCUCAACAAGCGAAAGGACUUUAACUUCUGUUUGGGAGGAUGCCACUGCAGUUGGCGGCAUCGGUAUACGGAUGAGGAUUGGAGGCGGGACUACGAGGCGGCUAUCUUUCUUCGCAGCUCCGAGAAUGUGCGUCGUCAGUGAAAGUGAAAGAUCGCUUCAUUUGCCUCAAAAAAAAAAAAAAAACGAAUCGAGAAAUUGUGCCCGUCAUGUGGAGAGGGGCGAUUGGAGUCUGGAAUUUUUUCGGGAAAAGCUUUUAGCUGGGACAUCUUGUCUGGAGCUAGGGCUAAAACAAAAGCCGUGUUUUUCCACGGCAGAGUGUUUUUUUGAUAGCUAUUCAACGAAGUGGUUGCCAUGUGUGUGAGCUUUCUUUUGUGACAUCUCCCUAAAAGGGUCGCAGUUCUAUUCCACGUGGAUCUUCGUCAGAUUAGUUUUAUCAAAGCCAAGUUCCAAAGCAGAAAAAAAAACCACAUUUUUAUAAAAUAAUGUUAGAUUUGAUAAAUUUUGGGAAUAUUUUUAAUAUUUUGUUUUUAUGUG